AGAUGAGCCACAUCUUUAGCCCUCCGCUUCACAGGCAAAGACACGAGUUUGUCGUCGAUUUUGUCAAAAAGAACAAACCCAGAAGGGUGGCUGACUUGGGCUGCAGUGAGUGCAGACUCCUGCAACAGCUCCGGUUUCACCGGGAGAUUGAGCUGCUGGUUGGACUGGACAUCAACGGUGCCCAGAUGAAGAAAAAGAUGCAUGGGUUAGGUCCUCUAUCCACUGAUUAUCUGCAGCCGACUUAUGAUCAGCUGUGUGUAGAGCUGUACCAAGGCUCAGUGACACAAAGGGAUGCUCGCCUGAGAGGAUUUGAUCUGGUGACCAGCAUAGAGCUCAUAGAGCACCUCACUCUUCCUGAUUUGGAGCACUUCUCUGCAGUGGUUUUUGGUUACAUGACCCCGGCGAGUGUCAUCAUUAGCACCCCAAACUCCGAAUUCAAUGUCCUUCUGCCUGGACUGUCAGGUUUCAGGCACAGUGAUCACAAGUUCGAGUGGAACAGAGCAGAGUUCAAAUCCUGGGCUCUAAAGGUGUGUUUUGAAUAUGGCUAUGAGGUGGAGUUCACUGGUGUUGGUGAGGCGCCGCCUGGCCAGCAGGACAGUGUCGGUUUCUGCUCUCAGAUUGGCGUGUUUUACCGCCUCAAGGUCGGAGACUGCUGCAGUGCGUUACCUCACGAUGAUGAGGAGAAUGUUUUUUCUUACACAUUGCUGUACUCAGUAAACUACCCCAGCCUUCAUGACAACAACACGUUACGCAGAGUUCUAGUAAGUGAAGUGUUGUACUGGGCAGAACAGUUAAAGAACAGAUGGAUUCAGGAGAAGAGUGGUGAGAGAAACGAUGACUUUACACAUUGUCCGACUGAAGAUGGAGGGGAGAUGGAGGGGAGAAAGACAGCAUGUGAAGAUGAGAUGGAUAGUCCCGUGGACUGUAGUGGAAGAGGUGACGAAGAGGAACAGGGACACGUUUCUGUGCCCCUGGCUGUGCUGUGGUCCUGCUGUCCUAAAGUCAGUGAACUGAGUGGAAGUCUUGGAAAUCUCAGACAUCUGCUGUUGGAUGAGCCUGAAGUUAAUCUGAAUCAGAAUGGAUCUGCUAUACUUGUAAAAUAUCAAGAACAAGAUCAAGAAGAGGUUAACAGUGAUUUGGAGGGCAGCGAGGAUUUAGCGAGUGGCCAGUGUUUCUACAGAGCUGAGGAAGAGGAAGACUGGGAGACAGAUGUUUGAUAUUUACAUGCUGUUUGUUAAAUCUACCAAAGAGAAU